CCUCGCUGGACAAGGUGGUCUUGUCGGAUGCCUAUGCUCACCCACAGCAGAAAGUGGCGGUGUACAGGGCUCUGCAGACUGCCCUGGCAGCACUCCUUGCCCAAGACCCCCUCCCCAGUACCUACCUUUCGGGUCCCCUUUUCCCAUCUCAGGGCAGAGGCCACAGGAGGUUGAAGCCGAUUGGGGGAUCUGGCUCCGGCCUCAGAGCGGCGAGAGCCCCUCUCCUUCCAGGGUGGGGGGAGCCACACUAGGAGGCCGAAAACCUGAGACCUCCCGCCCCCUGCCCCGCCAGCCACCUACCCAGAGGGCUUGGCUGCCCAGGGCAAACGCCCCUUUCUACCCUGCAAAGUCUCUUGCACGUCCUUUUUGCCCACCCUCAUUUGGGGCUUCAGGGUUGGGGCCAGAGUAGCACACACUCCAUCCUAGGGUGCUCCCUGUGAUAGGUCCUGGCCUUUAUUCUGGGUUGUUGCUGUUUGCAUCCCAAUUUUGCUUCCCAGCUGGGAGCUCUGGCCUAUAGCCGCGCCCCUAGGUCUGGGGAUGGGGAGGGAAUCUUACCUCGGGCUUCAUCCCUCCUCCGGCCUCUUGGAGAAUGGCCCCGCAUGGGGACCGCAUGCCACCUGACUGCCCGCCUCCGCAGAGAGUGGCGGGAGCCCCGAUGUGCUGCAGAUGCUCAAGAUCCACCGCAGCGAUCCGCAGCUGAUCGUGCAGUUGCGUUUCAGCGGGCGCCAGGCCUGCGGCCGCUUCCUCCGCACCUACCGCGAGGGGGCGCUGCGCGCCGCUCUGCAAGGGUGCUUGGCGGCGGAGCUGACCCUGCACUCCAUGCCGCUGCAACUGGAGCUGCGCGCCGGCGCGGAGCAGCUAGAUGCCUUGCUGACCGACGAGGAGCGCUGUUUGAAUUGCAUCUUCGCCCAGAAGCCCGACCGGCUCCGGGAUGAGGAACUAACAGAGUUGGAGGAUGCGCUCAGGAAUCUGACGUGCGGCUCGGGGGGCCAAGGGGGCGACGUGGAGGGCGCUCCGGCCCCCUCGCAGUCUCUGGCACCCUCUCCGUCGGAGGAGAAGCCACCGCCGCCGCCGCCGCCGUCUGGCCAGACUUUUCUGUUCCACGGUCAGCCCGUAGUGAACCGGCCGCUGAGCCUGCAGGACCAACAGACGUUCGCGCGCUCAGUGGGCCUCAAGUGGCGCAAGGUGGGGCGCUCCUUGCAGCGCGGCUGUCGUGCAUUGCGGGACCCGGCGCUUGACUCACUGGCCUAUGAAUACGAGCGUGAAGGGCUGUAUGAGCAGGCCUUCCAGCUGCUGCGGCGCUUCGUGCAGGCCGAGGGCCGCCGCGCCACCCUGCAGCGCCUGGUGGAGGCGCUCGAGGAGAACGAGCUCACCAGCCUGGCAGAGGACUUGCUGGGCCUCGCGAAUCCCCAUGGCGGCCUGGCCUAGCCUGGGUACCAGAGAAAGGGGCGGUCGGCCAGUUGCCCAGCCAGGGUUUGGAGCACCUGGAUGACUGUAGGGUCCCUUCUGCUGCUACUGCUGACCUCCUGUCCACCCACGGGACUCUGAGGCCACACUUACAACCAGAGGUGACUGCCCUCUCCAGCAGUCGGACAAGCACCCACAAUGUCUGCUGGGGUGCCACUGGGAGUUCUGUUCUAGAUACUAGGAUAGAGACAGAGAGUAUGGGUGACCUGCUGCAAGAGGUCGGCCUCACCUUUUCCCACGGCAGAAGAGGGGCUUUCAGCCAGACCUUACCUCUUCAUUCAUAGAACAAUUCAUUACUAUUCAUUAAUUCAAUAUAAUUCAUUAAGGAUCUGCUGUAUCCUAGGCAUCAUCCUGGGUGCUGCAAAUACUGUGGUGAACAAAACACAGGAAUCCUGCCUGUCCCCAGUUCACACUCAGUCUGAGACUCUGAAUAUUAAGAAACAGUAAUAAAAUACUACCAG